GUCCAGAAAGUUUUCGUGCUUUGGAAAGGAGUUCAGCGCUCUUUCGGUGCUCGGAGCGAAGCUGCCGGGCUCCGGGCAGUUUCGAGCUCUCUCGGCUCCAGCCGCCGCGCAAGAUGAGCGUAGCCGUGGAGGACGCCGCCUUGCCGUCCAUCUCCACCUUUGCUGGCUUGGUGCCGCUGGAAAGCCGGCAGCCCGAAAUGAGGCUGCUCCCUCCUGGCGCAGAAAGCGCCGCCGCCGCCACCACCAUCAAGAGGGAAGCGGACGAAUUGGGCAACUUCGUCGACCUGGAGUUCAUCCUGGCGCACACGACCAACGGGCAGGCGCCCCACGGAGCGGUGGCGGCGGCGCCUCCCCCUCCUCCCCACGCCAACCCCAACUACCCGCUGCCCGAGACCCCCGAAAGCUGUGGCACCACCUAUGACAGCGACGGCUCCGGCUACCAGCCGCCCAACAAGUUCGCCGCGUCCUACUUACCCAGCCCAGGCCACAGCUACGUGGCCGAGCUCUUCACCCAGGACCUGCAGCCGCCGCCGCCGACGGGGCCAGGCCACUGCGAGCUCCAGCGGCGGGAAUACACGGAGCUGCGCGCCCCCGGGCUGGCCCACCCCGCGGCCGGCCUUCCCCGGGGCAUACCCAUGGAGCACCUGCGCGUCAAGCAGGAGCCGAUAGACGGGCACUCCUGCAUGCUGAACAGCAGCCCCGACUGCCUGGACCACAAGCCCCCGCUCAUGCAGCCCAUGAUCCCGCAGCCACAGCAGCAGUGCCUGCCGCAGCACGCGGCCUCCGGCUUCCCUGGCGAGCAGAUGGGCCCGGGCCCCCACGGGCCCGUGGGCGUCGGCGACCUGAGCGCUCACAUGGGAGCCGCCCAGCACUACCCGCGCGGGGCGCCCCUCUUCCCGGCCAACUUUGCCGCCGCCGCCGGCGGACAGAUGCCGCCCCAGUUCCAUGGACACUUCAGCGUCUUCCGGGAGCCCUUGAAGCCCGCCCAAGGCCUGCACGGGCUGCUGGUCACGCCUCCCAAUUCGCCUGUCUUGGAUUACUACGCCCCGAUGGGCCCUCCGGAAGAGUGCAAGCCCAAGAGGGGUCGCCGCUCCUGGGCGCGCAAGCGCACGGCCACCCAUAACUGUGAAUACGCCGGCUGCGGCAAGACGUACACCAAGAGCUCCCACCUCAAGGCGCACAUGCGGACCCAUACGGGUGAGAAACCCUAUCACUGUAACUGGGAUGGCUGUGGCUGGAAAUUUGCACGGUCAGAUGAACUAACACGCCAUUACCGCAAGCACACUGGUAUCCGGCCUUUCCAGUGCCACCUGUGCGACCGUGCCUUCUCCCGAUCAGAUCACUUGGCUCUGCACAUGAAGAGGCAUGUGUGAAGCAUGGAUGGGUCCUUUGGCUGGGAUGUGGUUGGGUGGACAAGGAGAGGGAUGGGAGGAUGCCAAGAGACUGAGAACUCUAUUUAUGAAGGGAUGGAAUAUUUUCUUACUGGAGUAGCUAAUUUAUGUAUAUAUUAGUGAAACAUUUAAUAUUUAAAGAGGAAAGCCAUCUGGUUCUUUCACAGCAAUAUAGAAAAGGUUUAUGUAUUUAACAGUGAAGAGUUACACAAAUGUGGCUUGCUGCAGUAGCAGUGGCCAAGGUAUAGGACAAAUUGCACUGGAAGACCAUGGUGGGUGCGGAGGGGGCAAAAUAAAUGUGGUAGCCUGUCUCUGCCAUUCCCGAUCCAAAUCUUCAGUGCACACACAGCCAUAGUACAGAUAUUAUGUUAACUGCCUCAAGCUAUUUGUAAGAUUUUUAACUUUUGUAUGUUUUAUGCUACAGAGAUCUUUGGUUUUUUUCUGCUUAUAUUGUAAAAAGGCUCAGUCUUCGCAGUCUUUAGAUGUCAUUGAGGAGAAUGGGGCAAAUUAAUCUUGAUGGAGAUUCUAGAACAAAAGGGCUAAAAAUACCCAUGCAAAAGACAAUCUUGGCUUGCACUAAGCAUAGGUCUUUCUUACUCUUGAAAUUAAUUGUGAAUUUUAAGUAUUGGUAUAUUGUGAAUUUUAAAUAUGGGUAUCCACUAUUUACCUGUGGGGAAAGAGCUUCAGAGAUAAACAUUUGAUAUUUCUUGACCUCUUAAAUUUGAUUAUGUUUAGCCAAACUCUAUGAUUGGCAUUUUUGUAUAACAUGUUUUAAAUGACGUUUUGUUUCAGCUGUAAAGUUUCCAGUUUGAUCAGUCUGAUCAGACCAAUAAACACCCUGUGAUGAUGUAACUCUUCUUAAAGCAAGUAACAUCCACCAAUAAGUCUCCAAGCUGUCGGCAGUACGUGUUUGGGAUAAUCUCAACAGAAAAAAAAAAACUAAACUAAUUUAGAACUGUCACUUCUAGAAUAGGCUGAAAAAUCAAAAAUAUAAUCCCAGAACAAAGAGGAAACUUCUGUCAGUAGGCUGCAUGAGCAGAAGCAUUCUAGGGAGUGAUGUUAAUGACCCUGUUCUAUGCACACUUGUUCAGAAGUACCUGGAAUAGCCCCACUGAACUGAAUAGGACUUCUGAACAGACAAGUGAAGGACUAUACUGUAACAAUACUGAAUGUCAUGAGAUUUGCAGCGUAAUCCUGUACAUGUCUAUCUAGAAAAAGCUCUACAGAAUUCAGUGGGCAUUACUUCUAGGUAAGCUGCAAUAGAAUUGCAGCCCCAGAUCUUAGUCAGGGUGCAAUGCUGCGCAACUUUAGAUGUAAAAAAAAAAAAAAAAUGCCUACAACUCCCAGCAUGCCCUGGUAGUAGGCCUUUUUUUUCUGCCUGAAUGUGCAUAGGAGUGUUCCUUAAGUGUGCUUAGAGUUGCAGUGUUAAAACAUUUUUUCCUUGCUAUAGAUGCUGCCAAACCAGGACCAAAACUACUUUAUUACUCUGAUUUACUUUUUCUGUGAUGUCAUGAGACCACAUAAUUUUGUAAGCAAAACUUUGGAAAAAGUUGGCUUAUGGAACUAAAAAUGAAACAAAUCGUACUGUUUUAAUACUUUCAAGCUAAAGUUUUUAUGGGAUUUAGUCCUCUGUAUGUUUGCUUUCAAGGGAGCAGGACAUACUGAUCUUGAUGGAAAACAUUUUCAGAUAAGUGUGUAUAAGGCUGUAACCUUGGCUGAUACUGCAGUCCUAUGUAUGCAUACAGAGAAGUCAAUCCCACCCUAGUCAGGUGGGGUUGCUCCCAACUAGGUGGACAGGAGGGCAGCCAAACUGCUUCGGCUUUCAACAACUGACUAGAUGUGCAUACAUCUGCUUAAUUAAAAUACCUCAAGGUGCUUUAUGAGAAUGUAACACACACCAACACAUACAUUUAAAAAAAGCAGUUUAGUGCCUUUAUGUAUGUGAAAGAAUGCCAUUUUUACCACUUCCCAAUAAAGGUGUGAUGUUAACAGUGCUGCAAGACUCUCAGAGGUUUAGAGAGGUAACUGUUGUUUAUUGUUGUUUUUCUAAGACAACUGAAACUUGUGGUUCUGUUCUUGUAAACAGCUGGCAAGGAUCUUUCUGGACCAGCACACUCUUCUGUUCUAUAAGGCUAAUGAUUUUGGUGAUGAAUGGAUACUUUUGAAAAUCUGUCACUGCAAUUUUAUAAUUCCCAUCAAGAUUGGAGAUUAUGGAAAUUGUAGUCCAUCACAUCUGGAAGGCACCAGAUCAUGGGAAGAUGCUUUAAAUCACCAGUUGCAUCAAACAGGCGCAAUCCCAUGCAUGUUCAGGCCGACACAAGUACUACAGCUCCCAGUAUUUCUUAGUCAACAUGCCAGACUGAAGUGCUCUUUUUCAGCCUUAAAGCUAUGCUUUUGGACCUGACCCCCCCCCCCAAAAAAAAAAAAAAAACCUGAGGGAAGUUAGGGCCCCAUUCCAGCCUCCUGUGGCAAUGUGGGGUGAUUGUGAAUUUCUUAUGAAUAUCUGUGGUUUUAGUGUCUACUCUAAAGGAUUAUGACUAAGCCAGGUACUGCUGCAGCUGCAUUUUUAUAUUGGCAGCUUUUGAGUUUAUUUUGUAAAGGGCAUUUUUGUCCAUUUCUAUUAUACUUGAAUCUUUCUUUCUGAAAAGAAAAGGACUCUCUCAAAAUGUAGCUUAUGCAAACAAGUUGUAAUUCUUUUUUGAAAUGCUGUAAAUGUGUCUUGUUUUUUAAUUGCUUGGGUCUUUUUAGUAAAUGACCUCAGCUCUGGUAUGUGCACUGCACCUUUCUGUAUAUAUUGUUAAUUAACAUUUUUUUGCUUGGGCCCAUUGGGUAUCUCCCAUCAGCAAAAUGUUAGUUUGCUGUAUAUGCAUACCUAGAGACAUUGUUGAUCUAAUGUAAAACAAAUAAACAAUAAAAUAAAAUAAUAAAGCAA